AUGGAGAUGGUCGUUGUCGAUGAACUGAAUCAAACUAUGCAUGUUAGUAUGAAGAAGCAGUUCAUCAAAAAAUUUGAAAAUAUUCUAGAGGAAAGAACUACUAAGAUCAUCACUAAUUUUCAAGUCACUCACAACGGUGAUAAGUUCAGGACUACCUCUCAUGUUUACAAGAUCCAGUAUGCUGCCACGACGUCUGUCAGACCUUCUGAAGAUCUGGAUGCCACAAUUCUUGGGUUGAAGUUUGUGAACUUCACUGAUAUUCAUGAUGGCAAGUUGAAUCCUGAUUUUCUAAUAGAUAUUGUUGGACAAAUUGUUAGUAUUGGCGAGGUUGAGAUUCUCAACGUUAACAAAAAACAGACCAAACGUCUAACAAUGACACUUCGUGACACUAGCUUACCAAAAGAUGAUGUGACUUUGUCAUACACACACCCUAACCAAUUGACCAUUGUCAAUUCUGUUUCUGUAAGAGAUGAUUUCUUCUUACAUACCCCUCGCCGGACAAUAAGUGAAAUACUUGGUGCAUCUGAGGUUGAAAAAUGUGUGACUAUGGCUACCAUCAUGUCUAUUGACACUGAGUUUGGAUGGUACUAUAUGUCAUGCAAAGUGUGCUCUAAAAAGGUGCUUCCUCUUGAUAUGGAUUUGUUGAAGGAGCAAUAUCCUGGUAGGCCAUUUCCUAAACAGUUAUGGAAAUGUGGCAAAUGUAAGGAUGAUGUUGAAAGUGUCGUACCAGCGUUUAUGCUGACUUUCCGUGUUAUGGACAACACUUGUGAAACAAAGUUCUUAAUCUUUGAUAAGCUUGCCAUGGAAGUUGUAAAUCAAACAGCUGCACAAUUGACUGAAUCUGUGGAAGAGACUACCCCUGAUGUCAAGUCUGAAGAAAUGGGGUUUAUAACUCUCGAUGAACAGGUUCCUAAGAUGUUACUUGACAGUGACGACGAUGAUAAUUCACCACAGUCAAAAAGGAAAAGCGAUGAGAUGAUUGACUUUGAUGAUCAUAAUGGAGAGUAG